UUUGUCGUUAAAUACUUCUUUGUUGUGAUGUCAGCUUUGAUCGUAAUUGGAGUAAUCAAUGGCUUGAUACUAUUGCCAGUGGUUUCGGCAGAUGGGAAAGCGCGUUUAACUUUACCGCCGCCACUUCGUCGUCGAGAAAUUGAGCUCGAAGAAGAUGACGAAGGUUUGAUGAUGGCUGCUCGUGGUAUGCGCUCAUUUCGCAAUAUAGCGAUCUAG